AUGUUGAUAUCAGUGUUGGUGUUCGUCAUGGCUGCAUGUUUUUUCGGAGAAAUGGCCUAUGUGAAGCCUCCUGCACAAGAUGUUCUUAAGGGAAUGUUUAUCCCCAAACUCACUGGUCCUGGAGCCACUGCUGAUGCCAUUGCCCUACUAGGUGCCCUCGUCAUGCCGCAUAACCUCUUCCUCCACUCUGCUCUUGUGCUCUCUAGGAAAAUACCAAAUUCCGUUCGUGGCAUCAAUGAUGCAUGUAGAUUCUUCUUGAUAGAGAGUGGAUUUGCACUGUUUGUAGCUUUUUUAAUCAACGUUUCAGUUGUCUCAGUAUCCGGCACUGUUUGCUCAGCCAAAAAUCUCUCAAAUGACAACACAAAUCGAUGCAACCAUCUCACUCUUAACUCUGCUUCUUUCCUUCUCAAGAAUGUGUUGGGAAAGUCAAGCUCCACGGUUUAUGCCAUUGCAUUACUAGCCUCGGAGCAAAGCUCGACUAUUACUGGCACUUAUACUGAACAAUAUAUUAUGCAGGGUUUCUUGGAGCUUAAGAUGAGGAAAUGGAUAAGGAACCUAGUUACUAGGUGCAUUGCCAUCACACCUAGCCUGCUCGUAUCAAUCAUCGGUGGAUCCGCCGGAGCUGGCCGACUCAUCAUCAUCGCAUUGAUGAUACUCUCAUUUGAACUCCCAUUUGCUCUCAUCCCUCUCCUUAAAUUCAGUAGCAGUGCCACCAAGAUGGGGCCACACAAGAACUCAAUCUAUAAUGUGUUGGGAAAGUCAAGCUCCACGGUUUAUGCCAUUGCAUUACUAGCCUCGGAGCAAAGCUCGACUAUUACUGGCACUUAUACUGAACAAUAUAUUAUGCAGGGUUUCUUGGAGCUUAAGAUGAGGAAAUGGAUAAGGAACCUAGUUACUAGGUGCAUUGCCAUCACACCUAGCCUGCUCGUAUCAAUCAUCGGUGGAUCCGCCGGAGCUGGCCGACUCAUCAUCAUCGCAUUGAUGAUACUCUCAUUUGAACUCCCAUUUGCUCUCAUCCCUCUCCUUAAAUUCAGUAGCAGUGCCACCAAGAUGGGGCCACACAAGAACUCAAUCUAUAUUAUCGUGUUCUCCUGGACACUGGGACUGGGACUAAUCGGCAUCAACAUCUACUACCUGAGCACAGGCUUCGUCGACAGGCUAAUUCACUACAGUUUACCAAAAGUCGGAAACGUAUUCAUCGGAAUACUAGUAUUUCCAUGGAUGACGAUCUACAUCCUUACUGUCUUCUACCUCGUGUUCCGCAAGGACUCUGUUGUCACAUUUAUCAAGCCAUCAAAGAACGAUCUAAACGCCCAAACACGGAUGGAAAACAGGCCAGGUGAUUCAGGCGGUGGGUUCAACUUGGAGCCUUUGCCAGACAGAGAGGAUCCUGCUGAUAUCCCACUGCCUCAAUAG